AUGAAAGAGAGUAUGUCUAUUUAUGUGUAUCAACUCGAUAAGACAUCUAAAAAAUCUUCAGAACAAAUGAAGAGUAAUAAAUAUUUGCCAGACAGCCCGUUCAAACUCCUUGUAGCAGGAG